CGUUGACACUUCCUUGGGUGGUGCGGUGGGGCCAGAAGGACCCACAAAAUUUCGAAAAUCAAGGCAAUGAUUCCGGUUUCAUUUCAACAUCAACAUCAUCAACAACGCACAACUCGAGUUGACCAGACAAGACCGUUUGUUUGUAAUGUUUAUGUUUAUUUACUUCUCACACUUUCUUCUUUACUACUAAUCCCAAUUUCCCAAACACUACACAACACAACACAACAACCUUUUCUUUUCUUGUCUUCUUUCUUCUUCUUCUUCUCUCAUUCCAUGGAAACUCCUCAUACUGUGGUAGUGAACCGGAUCGAACCGGGUUCAAAGGAGAACGGUUUAAAAGCCGAGAUUGAUACUUCGGCGCCGUUUGAGUCUGUGAAAGAAGCCGUUACGAGAUUCGGCGGUGUUGGUUACUGGAAACCUACUAACACGGUUAACCUCAUCACUCCUCAGCAGCAAAGCACAAGCGAGCUUGAUACCGUUAAAUUGGAAGAACAAACAGCGGGAUUGGAGAAAGAGCUUAUACUCAAAGAAAGGGAAACUCUUGAUGUCUUGAAAGAAUUGGAAAGUACGAAAAAACUUGUCGAAAAUUUGAAAUCAAAGCUUCAUGCAGAAGAAUCUGAAACAAAUUUGAAUAUUAAGAUGAAUUUAUGCGACAAAAAGGAGAAUGAGAAAGAAGAAGAAAAGGAAAACCAAGUGAGUCGUGUUCCUUACAAUUCAACAUCACCUGGUUUAAUAUUAAAGGAAUUGAAGCAGGCGAAAUUGAAUCUAAACCGGUCUACAAACGACAUCGCUGAUGUUCGAGUUUCCGUUGAAUCGCUCAACAAGAAACUAGAGAAGGAAAGAAUCUCUCUCGAGAAAACCCGCGCGAGGUUAACUCAGAAUUCUUCGAAAAUAACUUAUCUAGAGGAAGAGCUAAACCAAACAAGACUUAAGCUGCAAGUAGUGAAAGAAGCUGAAAUCGAAUGUGGUUCUUCGGAUGAACCUUCUGAUGUUACGAAAGAGCUUCAACGGUUGAGUUCUGAGGCCGAACGGUUCAAGAAAAUGGGAGAAGCUGCGAAAUCGGAAGUCACGAGAGCAAUGUCUGAGAUUGAACAGACGAAAGCUAUGAUAAGAACAUCCGAGAUAAGGUUGGUGGCUGCUCGAAAAAUGAAGGAAGCUGCUAAAGCGGCCGAAGCUGCUGCAAUGGCCGAGAUAAAAGCGUUAUCUUAUCACGAUGGAGAUUGUAUGCAAAAGCGCGACGGAGUUACUCUAACCUUCGAAGAGUAUAAUGCUCUAACGUGCAAAGCUCGUGGCGCCGAGGAACAAUCUAAGAAGAGAGUUCUUGACGCCAUGUCUCAAGCUGAAGAAGCAAAUUUAUCGAAAAUGGACGUUUUAAAGAGGGUUGAGGAAGCUACAUUAGAAGUUAAAACAAGCAAAGUGGCUCUUGAAGAAGCUUUGGAAAGAGUAGAGGCUGCAACUAGAGGAAAGUUAGUCGUCGAAGAAGCUUUAAGAAACUGGCGAUCGGAGGGUCAAAAAAGGCGAUCGUCGGUGAAUAAUAAUAUGAAGUUUAAAAACCCGUCGCACCAUCAGAGACACACUCGGUUAUUCGACCUAUAUGGAAUGAAUCAGGUUGAUGAUGAAGUUGAACAACCUGUUCUCAAGCCGACUCUGUCGAUAGGACAAAUAUUGAGCCGGAAACUGAUGAAGCCGGAAGAGUUUGAAGGUGGGAUGACACGAGAAAGAGGUUCGAUGAAACGGAAAGUGUCGUUGGGUCAGAUGCUUGGUAAGCAAAACUAUGAUCCAUCAUGUUUUGAAUUUGAUAAGCAAGUUGAGAAAGAAAAUGGUCAGAAGCAGUUUUCUGCUAAGAGAAAGAAGUUUGGAUUUGGUAGAUUUUCUCUGCAUUUGACAAAACAACAAAAGAAGAAAAAACCAACUUUGAACUUGAGGUGAUUAUGAAGUUACUUGAACAUUUUUUACAAGAAUGAGACUUGUUAUUGUGAUUGAAAUUGCUAGGCUAGAUUCUUGUUUGGUAUUUAUGAUAUUUGGGUUUGUAUUUGUAUGUUCUUGUUUGUAUACAAAUUAUUAAUUAAUUAUUUAAUGUGUGUCUAUUGUUACUUGCUA